AUGGGUCUCAUUCUUCCUCUUCGAAUUGUCCAGGGUGUUCUGGCGUUGGUGAUCCUCGGUCUCUCGGCCUUCAUCGCCAACUGGUACAACAUGGACACGAUGACUUCGUCCCCGUCCCAGGUCAACUUCUUGGUCUUCGUACCGCUCUGGUCUUUCAUUUCGAUUGCCUACCUCGAGCUUGUUCCCAAGUUCGCUCCUAGAGCCUCCCACCCCUGGGGUGCCGUUGCCUUUGAGCUCCUGAACGUCCUCUUCUACUUCGCCGGCUUCAUUGCCCUCGCCGUCUUCCUCAGCAAGCUUCUCUUCUGCCGUGGCACCGUGUGCGCUGUUGCCCGUGCCGACACCGUCUUGGCCGCCUUCGAGUUCGCCCUCUGGUCCGGCACCUCCCUCCUCAUGGUCAAGGAUGUUUUCAAGACGGGGUUCCGCAAGCCCAGCGCCGCUGGCCCCCCUCCUCAAAUGAAGGAGUCUGCAGCCAAGCGGAUGCCGUCGUGGGACCGCAAGAGCGAUCGAAAAUCCAUCUGGGAACUCGACCAGAGACGCAUCUACGGCCCGGGAUUUAGUGAUGUGAACCUCGUCUAG